GAAGACCGUGCGAGCUCGGGAGGGAAGCGGCGGCGGCAGGAAAGGCGCGAGCGGCGGCGGCGGCGGGUGUCCCCUCGGUGGUCUAUCAGGGAGCCGCCCGGCCCCCGAACGGAGAUCGCGGCCCGGAGCAGCCCUCGCAGCCCUCGCAGCCCCCGCAGCCCUGGGCUCUGGCCGGGGUCAGCACGCGCCUCCGCCCGCUGGACGGGCCCGGGGCGAGAUGUAGGGCUCUGGGUGCCGAGGCCGCCGCCGCGGCGAGGGGAGCGCGGAGGGCGCGCCGAGGAUGGAGAGAGCGAUGGAGCAGCUCAACCGCCUGACGCGCUCUCUGCGCCGCGCGCGCACCGUGGAGUUGCCCGAGGAUAAUGAAACUGCUGUUUAUACAUUAAUGCCAAUGGUUAUGGCUGAUCAACACAGGUCUGUUUCUGAACUGCUGUCAAAUUCAAAAUUUGAUGUCAAUUAUGCAUUUGGACGUGUGAAAAGAAGCUUACUUCACAUUGCAGCAAAUUGUGGAUCAGUGGAGUGUUUGGUUCUGCUGUUAAAGAAAGGAGCAAAUCCUAACUAUCAAGAUAUUUCAGGCUGUACACCCCUUCAUUUGGCAGCUAGAAAUGGGCAGAAGAAAUGCAUGAGUAAAUUAUUGGAAUACAGUGCUGAUGUCAAUAUUUGUAAUAAUGAAGGCCUUACAGCAAUCCACUGGCUGGCUGUGAAUGGGCGGACAGAACUACUCCAUGACCUUGUGCAGCAUGUCAGUGAUGUGGAUGUUGAGGAUGCUAUGGGGCAGACAGCGCUGCAUGUGGCCUGCCAGAAUGGUCACAAGACGACAGUGCAAUGCUUGCUAGACAGUGGUGCUGAUAUUAACAGGCCAAAUGUAUCAGGAGCCACUCCAUUGUACUUUGCUUGCAGUCAUGGUCAGAGAGAUACAGCACAGAUUCUUCUAUUACGAGGAGCCAAAUACUUGCCAGAUAAAAAUGGAGUAACCCCUCUGGAUUUAUGUGUACAGGGUGGGUAUGGAGAGACUUGUGAAGUAUUAAUUCAGUAUCACCCCAGGCUUUUCCAGACUAUUAUUCAAAUGACACAGAAUGAAGACCUCCGAGAAAACAUGUUACGGCAAGUUCUGGAACAUUUGUCUCAGCAAAGUGAAAGCCAGUACCUGAAGAUUCUAACAAGCCUGGCUGAAGUUGCUACAACAAAUGGUCAUAAACUGCUUAGCCUAUCUAGCAAUUAUGAUGCUCAAAUGAAGAGCCUUUUAAGGAUUGUGAGAAUAUUUUGUCACGUCUUUCGAAUUGGUCCAUCCUCUCCUAGUAAUGGAAUCGACAUGGGCUACAAUGGGAAUAAAACUCCAAGAAGCCAGGUGUUCAAGGUCAGAAAAGUAUAUGACGUUGUUAGGAAGAUAGACGUAAAAGAGAUGAAUUUGACAAAGCAUGCAUUCAUUAAUCAGAAACCUCAUGAACAGGACCCUCUGGAAUUGCUUUGGCACUCAUUAGAUGAAUGGCUAGUUUUAAUAGCUACAGAAUUGAUGAAAAACAAAAAGAACUCAACAGAUAUCUCUUCUAUUUUACUGAAACAAAAAGGCCAAGAUCAAGAUGCUACUUCCAUUCCUCCAUUUGAACCUCCAGGACCUGGGAGCUAUGAAAAUCUGUCCACUGGCACAGGGGAAUCUAAACCAGAUGCUCUUGCAGGGAAACAGGAAGCCAGUGCAGAUUGUCAGGAUGUUAUUUCUAUGACAGCUAACCGGCUAAGUGCUGUCAUUCAAGCUUUUUACAUGUGCUGUUCUUGUCAGAUGCCUCCAGGAAUGACUUCACCCCGUUUCAUUGAAUUUGUCUGCAAACAUGAUGAAGUUUUAAAAUGCUUUGUUAACAGAAAUCCCAAAAUUAUAUUUGACCACUUUCACUUUCUCCUUGAAUGUCCUGAAUUGAUGUCAAGAUUCAUGCAUAUCAUAAAAGCACAGCCAUUUAAAGAUCGCUGUGAAUGGUUCUAUGAACAUUUGCAUUCAGGACAACCAGAUUCAGACAUGGUACAUAGGCCAGUGAAUGAAAAUGAUAUCCUGCUUGUUCAUAGAGAUUCUAUUUUUAGGAGUAGCUGUGAAGUUGUGUCAAAAGCAAAUUGUGCAAAGCUAAAGCAAGGGAUUGCUGUACGGUUCCAUGGAGAAGAAGGCAUGGGUCAAGGUGUUGUGCGUGAGUGGUUUGAUAUUCUGUCUAAUGAGAUAGUCAAUCCUGAUUAUGCAUUGUUUACCCAGUCAGCUGAUGGAACAACUUUUCAGCCUAAUAGCAACUCCUAUGUAAAUCCCGAUCACUUGAACUAUUUCCGGUUUGCUGGGCAGAUUUUGGGAUUAGCUUUGAACCAUAGGCAGCUGGUCAAUAUUUACUUCACACGAUCAUUCUACAAGCACAUUCUUGGUAUUCCUGUAAAUUACCAAGAUGUGGCAUCCAUUGAUCCAGAAUAUGCAAAAAAUUUGCAGUGGAUUUUAGAUAAUGAUAUUAGUGAUCUAGGUCUAGAACUAACUUUUUCUGUUGAGACUGAUGUAUUUGGAGCAAUGGAAGAGGUGCCUUUGAAACCUGGAGGUGGAAGUAUUCUUGUGACACAAAAUAACAAAGCAGAGUAUGUCCAGCUUGUUACUGAACUUCGAAUGACAAGAGCCAUUCAACCUCAGAUCAAUGCUUUUUUACAAGGCUUUCAUAUGUUCAUUCCACCUUCCCUCAUACAGCUUUUUGAUGAAUAUGAAUUGGAGCUACUGCUUUCUGGCAUGCCAGAAAUUGAUGUGAGUGAUUGGAUAAAAAAUACAGAAUACACAAGUGGCUAUGAAAGAGAAGAUCCAGUUAUUCAGUGGUUCUGGGAAGUUGUGGAAGAUAUUACUCAAGAGGAGAGAGUUCUUCUCCUGCAGUUUGUUACUGGCAGUUCCAGGGUCCCGCAUGGUGGGUUUGCUAAUAUCAUGGGUGGAAGUGGAUUGCAAAACUUUACAAUUGCUGCUGUGCCAUAUACUCCAAAUCUUUUACCGACUUCAAGCACAUGCAUCAACAUGCUCAAGUUACCUGAAUACCCAAGUAAAGAAAUACUCAAGGACAGACUUCUUGUGGCACUACAUUGUGGCAGCUAUGGUUACACAAUGGCAUAAUGAAGUCUAGAAAACUCAUCUGACUACUGAUGCACAAUUCAGAGUGGCAGAAGUAAUUUAGGAAACUGUCAACAGAAAAGCAGUCUAAAUGCAACCCAUAGGCAGGGCUAAUGUUUAAAAUUCAUAAAGGAUCAGGUUUUCUGGUUUUUUUCCUCUCUUUUCUCUUUUAUGUUUUCUCUGUGAUACAAUUAGAAAAUAUAAAAUCACAGUAGACUUUUUUAAAAUGCUAAUUGAAAGUAGUAGAAACGCUUCCUUUUUUCAUAUUUAAUUUUAUCUAACAUUGUGUUAAGGAAAAUCUUGUUCUACGUUCCACCUCUGCCUGUAACUGUCUUGUUAAAAGGGUAUUUUCUCUUUAUUUUUCUAUAUAGUAAAUUAUAUAAGGACAUCCAGCUGCUGGUAUGUUGUUUUAUUGCAUGUAAAGUGCCAUUUAUAUUUGGAAAACUAUUGCAUAGGAUGGAUUAAUUUAGAUUGUGUAUAAAGCCACAAAUAUGUAUUUUCCCACAUUGUAUUCUAUAUUGCAAUGAUUUUUUUUAGCUUUGUAAUAUUUUAAUAUAUAAUACAGAACUUAGACUAGUGUGACUAAUAGCUGAUAAAAUGACAUCUAAUGUAUAUAUUAAAGCUUACACUAUAUUGUGUGAAUUAUUUUCAUCUUUUCAGUGGUCAGUUUUCCAUAUGUAUAUAUUGUGGUCUCAAAGUUUUUCUUAUGCCUUAUUUUAAUUUAUAAUGAAGGUAAAAAUAAAAUAUAAUAUUUUGCCAUAUUUUUUCAUUACCUUGUGAGUGCUGAGGAUACAUCUGAAGAAGUAAUCUGAUGUGCAGAUUAUCAUUUAAAUAUGUAAUCUUUUACUUCUUAAACUUUCUUUUGUGAUUAAAAUGUCAAGUUCAAGUGAUACAUUCCUAAUACAGGGUUUUUGAAGUUUUGGGUGGUCCGAUCAAUUUUCUUUUGAAAAAAUAUACCGGAGUAGUUUCAGCAUACAUUUGAAUGGGAAGUUGGGACCACUCAUAGAAAUGCUAACGGAAUUUGUAAUGAUUAGGGCCUUGCCUCUGGAAACUAAAAAUAGAAUAUGCAGUGACAUUACUGUUGGUAAAAUGACAUAUGCAGAUUUUCUCAUGAGUAGCCAGUAUAUUUGUCAGUGAUAUUUAAUUGAGAGACAUAUACAUUGAAAGCUUUGUUAAGUUAUAAAGCUUCCUUAAUGCUUUGUUUUUGGUUGUUGGUUUUUUUCCUUAAGAAAGUAUAUAUAUAUCAACAGAUUACAUGAAAUUUAGGAAUUCUUUAAAAAUUACUGGUAGCUCUAAAAUGAAGAUUUAAAUGUUUUAUUUAUAAUAACUGAAGCUAAUUAUGUUCUAAAUUUUGAUUUUUUGAAACUUAAUUGUAGAAAAAGUCAUUGCCUUUUGAAUUUUCAAAUAGGUAAUUGACUAAUUUCAUAUUAUAUUGCUUAUAAUUUUAAUGUUUACAGAGAUCUAUUUCUGUUUAUAAUCAUAUAAAACAUUGGCUUUGUCAGCUUGGUUUUUCUGCAAGUAUUUAUGUAAAAUAGUUGAUAAUA